AAAGGGGUGUUUUACCUGUUGUCCAAUCAGCACGGCACAUAAAACAGCUUGUAUCUGUGUAUGAGAGUUCUUUUGAUGAUCAGAAGCCCAUUGAGAGCUUCAGCAUGACAACCUACACAGACAAAGGAGAGAAGCCUGAGAGAGGGAAAUUUGUCAGAUUUCACCAUGUGACAUUUUGGGUGGGCAACGCCAAACAGGCUGCAGUGUUCUACUGUGAUAAGUUUGGCUUCGAGAUGAUGGCGUAUAGAGGACUGGAGACGGGCAGUCGAGAGGUGGUGUCUCACGCCAUCAGACAGGACAAGAUAAUAUUUGUGUUUGAGUCUGCCCUGAACCCUGGAAAUAAAGAAAUGGGCGAACAUCUUGUAAAACAUGGUGACGGGGUAAAGGACGUAGCAUUUCAGGUGGAAGACUGUGACUUUUUAGUGAUGAAAGCCAAAGAGAGAGGAGCCGUGAUCGUCAAAGAGCCCUGGGUGGAGCAAGACUCUGACGGGAAAGUCAAAUAUGCCGUUAUUCAAACAUAUGGGGACACAACACACACGUUUAUUGAGUACAUGGGGUCGUAUAAAGGUCCGUUUCUGCCUGGAUAUCAUGAGCCGCUCUUCAAAGACCCUCUGUUACCAAAACUGCCACCAGGACACUUAAACUUUAUUGAUCACAUCGUGGGAAAUCAGCCAGAUGAUAAAAUGGUGCCAGUAUCGGACUGGUAUCAGAAGUGUCUGAUGUUCCACAGGUUCUGGUCUAUCGAUGAUAAGCAGAUCCACACAGAGUACAGCGCUCUCAGGUCCAUCGUAGUUACAAAUUAUGAGGAAACCAUCAAGAUGCCCAUCAAUGAACCGGCACCGGGGAAAAAGAAAUCACAAAUCCAGGAGUAUGUCGACUACAACGGAGGCCCAGGGGUUCAACAUAUAGCCCUCAACACGUCAGACAUCAUUCAAGCGAUUGUGAACCUCAGAGCUCGAGGACUGGAGUUCCUGUCCGCUCCUGAUACCUACUAUGACACUCUGAGACAGAAACUCAAGACGGCGAAGAUCAAAGUGAAGGAAGACCUCAAAACACUGCAGGAGUUAAAAAUCUUAGUUGACUUUGACGAUAAGGGCUACCUGCUCCAGAUCUUCACCAAACCUGUGCAGGACAGACCUACGCUCUUUCUGGAGGUGAUCCAGAGGAACAAUCACUUUGGUUUUGGAGCUGGAAACUUUAAAUCUCUUUUUGAAGCCAUUGAAAAGGACCAAGAUGCCAGAGGAAACCUAACAGUACUCACAACAGAAGGCGCGGGCGUGCCAAAGGCUUUUUCCUAAAUGACACACAUGCAGACCACACAAACACUUCUGCAUAAAUACAUCGUGGUUUACACAGUGGCAUUUGUGCUGGGGUCAAAUUUUAAUCAUAAAGGUCCAAUGCCAUCCAUUACACUGGACCUCUAAGACAUCAAUAAACAUUUAUAUAUGAAA